AUGGUUGGCAAGAGAAGUGUAAAGGCAGCUGAAAUUCGAGGUUAUAUAAAGACUCGAUGCCAGCUUGGCGUAUCAGCGAAGGAGAUUUUUAACGAAUUGUGUGUUGUUCAUGGACAGAAUGAAGUGUCGUAUGCCACCGUCACGAGGUGGAUUAAGAAGUUUAGAAGCGGUUGUGACUCCAUUAAUGAUGCACCAAAAUCGGGACGUCCUUGUAGUGCUACUUCUAACACUAUGGUUAACAAAGUAUGUGAUGUGGUUAAGUCUGACGCCAGACUAACUGUUCAUCAGAUAGCUAGUAGAGUUGAUAUUUCAGCCGCAAGCGUAUUCCGCAUUCUAAAACGUGCUGUCUACAACAUGGCGUCUAGGGACAUUCUUCUUAAAAUACCUUUUCGAAGCCUGGAAAUCGAUUUUGAAAAGGGAGAAGAACACGUCUUAAAAGUAGUGAAUAAUCGUAUUCAUCAUGGGAAGGACCCUAACCUCAUACGAGAUGAGACAUCUGGCAACGGAUGGCUACAUUAUGCAGCUAAAUACAAUUUUAAACAUGUUGCUACAAAAUUGCUUGAACAUGGAAUUGAUGUGCUUGCGAGGAACAAAGAACAGAAAACUGCUUUGGAAGUUGCAAUAGACAAGAAAUAUGACAAAAUGAGUGCUUUAAUUGCUAGAAGAAUGACCCGAAUCGA